ACAACAAUCACUGAGUUGAAGUCAAAGUCGACUGUGCUUUUACUCCAAAAUGUCAUCAGAGAGAUGAAAAUGGUCAAAUCAUUUAAUCCUAUUGAUGCUUUCGGACAUAUCAAUGCGACUUUAGGAUUCGCUGAAGGUUUGAAGGCUGCUGGUCAUGAGAUUACCUUUGUUCAUCGGGAAAAACACAGAAACUUGGCUAUUAAAAGAGGAUUUUCAUUCAUUCCGUUUGACGAAACAUUAGUUGGUGGAAAUCCUGAAGAAUUACUUUUCAAGUGGAUUGAUGCUUUUGCUGAGAAAUUUCGACAGGAACCUUUAAAACGUUUUAUUGAGUUUGCUUCCGAGAAACAGGAAUCUUUCGAAGCUCAGGCUAAAUUUUUCGAUACAUUAAAUGAUGCUUUAGAUAAAAUAAUUAUCGAUAAUCCUGAUAAAUUUGAUGCAAUUGUACAUGAUUUAGCCGCUCCAUUCCCUUUUCUGUACAAACAUUCAAUUCCUUGGUUUCAACUGGCAUCAACAAAUCCAUUGAUUUUAUAUCCCUCAGGACCACCACCAUUCGCUGGAUACUCUGUCCACAGCGAUCAAACUGCUUGGAAUGAGUUCAGAGAAGUUUAUAGCCGAGCCCAUGCAAUACUAACUGAAAUAAAAAACAAAGGCUUUGAAGCUGCUGGUCUCAAAGAUGUCAAGUUCAACCCAGCCGUAUUUGUUGACAUCCCUCAAUCCUUUGGAUUUUAUCAUUACCCGGCUGAAUUGGACUACACUGAAUGUGAACCAAGACGACCUAAUUGGUAUCGUGUUGAUGCUUGGAUCCGUCAACCAGAUCUUGAUACAGAAUUCGUAAUACCACAGAAAUUACAAGAUAAACCAGGAAGAUUGAUUUUCUUUUCUUUAGGAUCAUUGGGAUCGGCUGAUUUAGUUGUCAUGAACAAGAUAAUCGCCAUUCUAGCCAAAUCACCUCAUAAAUUUAUCGUCUCUAAGGGACCACGAGGUGAUGCACUCGAAUUGGCUGACAAUAUGUGGGGUGAAAAUUAUGUUAACCAAAUUAAAGUUAUUCAAGGUGUUGAUCUGGUCAUAACUCAUGGAGGUAACAAUACUUUUAUGGAAACACUUUAUUAUGGUAAACCCAUGAUUGUCAUUCCUUAUUUUUAUGAUCAAUAUGAUAAUGCACAACGAGUUGUCGAUAAAAAGAUUGGGUUCCGAGUUAAUCCAUAUGAUAUUGAGGAAGAUUAUCUUCUUAAUUGCAUUGAGAACAUAUUUAAUGACAAAGAAAUGAUAGAUCGAGUUAAAUCCAUUUCACACAACAUGAGGAAUUCAAAUAGUCUGAAUGAAGCUAUCAAAAUGAUUGAAAAACAAAUUGAAAUAAAUAAUAAUAAAGUUCAGUAAAUUAUAUUUUCAA